GAUAGUGUUUUAGACUAAGAGAAGAAAGCGUUUGGACAGGUCGUGUUCAUAGUUCAAACUGUCUUGUUGAACUCGCUUGCUGCGUUUUGCGCUCAUCUGUGUGGCGCUACAGUGAAGUGUUGGCAUCUGAGUGGUAUUUGAGUUGAUUCUUGGUAACCCUAGGCUGGUUAGUGCAGUGGUAGACCUCGUGUGCAGUCAUCUCAUGUGUUAUAUAGGGUGGUCUCAAAAGUUUUAUAUUGGCACCCAUCCGAAAAUGUGCAAUUUCACAUCGUAUAAGAAAUAAUAGGAAACUUGUGUAAAAGAAGAGAUUUCAAACUUUUGCGUCAGUUAACAAAUAAUCGGCCAUUGGUUAUCUUAUCUGUGAAAUAAAUAAGUGAUAAUGUGGUGAGCAGGCCAUCUGAGACAUAAAUAUUUCUGAUUUCUUAUAGCGGUGUUUGAGCUGCGGAUUGAACCACACAGGAUUCCAGAGAUAUCCAUCUAACAACACCGGUUGUUAGACUUCAAACACCUACAAAAUGGUAGACACACAGCACUUUUGUCUGCGUUGGAAUAACUAUCAAAGUAGCAUAACGUCUGCUUUUGAAAAUCUGCGUGAUGACGAAGAUUUUGUCGAUGUAACGCUAGCAUGCGAUGGCCGAAGCUUAAAAGCGCACCGCGUAGUAUUGUCAGCAUGCAGCCCCUACUUCAGGGAACUACUGAAGAGCACACCAUGCAAGCAUCCCGUGAUAGUACUUCAGGAUGUGGCAUUUACCGACCUCCAUGCAUUAGUGGAGUUCAUCUAUCACGGCGAGGUGAAUGUACAUCAGCGAUCUCUUAGCUCCUUCCUGAAAACUGCAGAAGUGUUAAGAGUAUCGGGACUGACGCAGCAACAAGCUGACGAAACACACAAUUUAGCACAAGUACAAACAUCUACCGGCUCAGAGAACCGAACACCGACAGGUCACCAUCAUCCCAGCUAUACGGACAAAUUGGUUGAAGAUGCUCUAUUUGCCCAAAGUGUACCUCCACCCUCGCAUCUUAAUAACCUUCAUCACUCCUCCUCAGGUCAUGGAAGUUCUACAGUAAACCAGCUGCUUAGAAGGGCAGCCGCUGCAGCUGCGUUGAGGCGUGAAAGAAACAAUUCUAAUCAAUCCGAUGAAUUGUCAUUGAAACGUCUUCGCAUGUCCACUGACAAUAUGCUUGGUAAUAAUAAUAAUCUAGAUGCGGUGAGUCACAUGCCACAAAUAACAGCUACAGACUUUUCCACAAGUAUGAAAACAAAUAACAGCAACCCACACUCCCCGCAUAUUAAAGAUCAUCUUCGGCAUGAUAGCAGCAAAACGCCUAAUGGUAAUAACAACAAUAGCAUCAAUAUCAACAACAACACUAACAAUUUAAACAAUAAUAAUAAUAACAACAACAACAACAAUCUGAUCGCUACUAGCAAGGAUAAUGCACCAGUCGAUCGAUCCAGUGGAAGUCUUGGUAGUAUAGCUACAAACGGUGGAAGCUUAGGAUCGAACACAGACAAAGAAAGUCUUACUCCGUCGCCCUCUGUUCGUUCCAAUGAAGAUGUUAAAUCAGAGCCAAUGGAGCUAGUGUGCAAUUCCAACAUUGAAAACGAGAACAGUUCCGAUUCAAUCGGCGACGACCCUCACGGCAUACAUCAUCCUACCGAUAUCAAGGGAUCUAUUAGUUCACCUCACGAGGAUGAUAUGGACAGCAGCAUACAUUCCCACGCAGCUCCUCCCUUUUUAAUGUCUCCCGGAGACAAUAAACUUUUUGCGCCUACAGGAUCAUUCAAUUUUUCUAUAGCUGCAUUAGCGACUGAUCCUGCUGCACUUGCAGGAUUUAACUCACAGGCGCUUCAAUCCGCAGAUCUUACCGGUUCACCACAAGGUCGACUGACGACGUUCACAAAAUUCAACGAAAAAACGUCUGAUUGCAACGUUAAACAUUCUACAACGACCCUGUCAACAACAACCAACCCGAUGCUACAAAUGAUACCGGUGUACCAACAAGGCGAGGACUUUCGUUGUGAUCCCUGCAAUAAAAAUCUAUCGUCGUUAACGCGUCUGAAGCGCCACAUUCAAAACGUUCAUAUGAGGCCAACAAAAGAACCCAUAUGCAAUAUAUGUAAAAGAGUUUACAGUUCUUUGAAUAGUCUAAGGAAUCACAAAAGCAUCUACCAUAGGAACAUGAAACCACCUAAAGAGGAACAAAGUUUUCCGACGAACACUAGUUCGAUGCCGCAGACAUCUCUAGCAAACAUGCCCAAUGCAGUAGAUCAAAAGCAUCAAUAUUAUACUAUCAAUCACCACACAGCGUAAAUACUCUUCCAUUCCUUACAUUACACAAUGCUAAUAAAAUUUGUUAUUAAUAUCAAAGCAACCCGAUUGAUAGUAACAAGAAAAAAUAUUUUGUAAACUCUAAUAGGUUAUGCAAUCAAGAUUUAUAGUUAUACAACUAAUUUAGUGUAGAAGAUGCUAAAUAUUUGUUUGAAAUAAUGAUAUAAACCAAUAGAUUCAAACAUAAAUACAGAGUGAAUAGUUUACAAAUAUUUAUAUACCCUAACAUAAAAAGUCUAAGCAGAAGAAUUUUGAAUUUCAAAGCGAAAUUUUGUACACAAUAGCAAAAUUGGAAAAUUGAAAUUGAGACAUUAGUGACUUCAAAAACUUAAUCAGGCUUAUAAAAAAAAUCAAAACCAUUUUUCUUGUUCUGACAUUUCAAACAUAAUCCGGUCGCAUAAGUAAUAGCUGUACAUCUUUUGGCUGCUUUUGAUCUUCUAUUCUUAGCUUUUCCGAACGACAAAGUGCAAGAAGAGAUAAGUGGAUGUCAAAAGUAUAAAUAAUUGUAUAUUUAUAACAUACAUGAACUAGAGAUAUUUGUAGAUCGCUCCUGAAAACCCAGAAUACUAAAUUGUUGCGUCUCUUGAUGAAUAAUCUUAAACUGAAACUUUAUCGCUCUGCCACAAAACUUAAUUUUUAUAGUAAUAAAUCGCGCUUUUCCCGAUAUUACCGCUUAUGUUUAAAUAAUCGAAAACUUUAGGUGUCAUUCCAAUCAUAUUGUUUUUGCUGGCGAGAAUAAUUUGAAAAAUGGAAAAUAUUAUAUUACAUUUAUCAUUUGUUUCAUGUAGUUUUUUAUUUAAUUUAGUUUGGAUGAUUCAGAGAUAUCAAUUACAAAAAUAAGCUCACUUCCUAAAAUCAGAAGUAACAAAUAUGCCUGAAAUUAGAAGAAAACAAAACAAAUUACAAACCACAUAGAAACAGUAAGUCACUAUUGUCUCUCUUUUCUUUUCCCGGUGAUGCUGCUUGUCAAUAUAUUCAAUCGCACACGCGAUUUGAAUUGCACUCUAUAAUAACGUGGUCGGAUGGUUGGGACACGCACGCACACGCCUGA